UAUGAUUUUUAAUGAUUAAUUUGAAUAAAAAAAAUUUCAAAUCUUUAUGUGCGAACAUUUACUAAUAAAAACAAGUUUAAACCCCAAUAAAAAAAUAAUUGUGAAUUUCUUAACCUAAAUUAAAAAAAAUUUGCAAGCCUUGGGAGGAAAAUUACCAAGUUAAAUUACAAUCAAAUUUAGGUAUACUUAUAUCGAAUUAAAAUUAAUUUAUGCAUAAAUUUAAAACGUAUCAGGUUCCAGAAUCCAGAUAAACCAGGAUCUGAAAGUAGCUCUUUUACCACUACACCUUGGCUCAGUUGACGACAGGCGAAGUUUAAGCAGUGAAGAUAAUGUGUUUUACGUAUUGUGCACGUUGAAUCUCAAUGCUAUUCCAUUUUCUGGACUAAAAUAUGGUGGAACCUAAAUGCCCACAUCUCAAAAACACCAUCUUUCGCUUAAUCGAAGAGUUCAAGAGUCUGAAAGAGCUCAAACAAAUUCAUGCCCACAUCAUAACUUCUCCAAAGCUGCCCAAACCCCAUCAAGAAUAUCUCAUUACUCGCCUCCUCUUCGCUUCCGCCCUCUCAGACUCCGGCUCUCUUUGCUACGCCACCAGUGUUUUCAAAUUCAUAAAGAACCCAACACUUUCUGUAUAUAACAUCAUGAUUAGAGCCUACGCUUCCAAAAUCAGCGGCGCAGAUAAUACACACAAUUUAAAAUCCUUUAUUCUCUUCAAACAAAUGCUUUUUGAUGGCAUUUCACCGGAUUGCAUUACGUUUCCUUUUGUUAUAAAGGAAUGCGCCAUUAGGCUUGAUAGUCGUGUAGGGUGUAGCAUUCAUGGAGAAGCCAUUAAAUUUGGAUUGUUUUCUGACGUUUACAUUCAAAAUUCUUUGGUAAAUUUUUAUUCGGAAUGUGGGUUUUUGAACAGUGCCAGGAAGUUGUUUGAUGAAAUGCUGAAAAGAGAUAUUGUUUCUUGGAAUUCGAUGAUUAUUGGGUACUUGAGAGGUGGGAAUCUUGACAUGGCAUUAGAAUUGUUUAGAAGCAUGGAGACGAGGAAUAUUAUCACUUGGAAUUCGAUGAUAACGGGUUUUGUUCAGGGUGGGAGGGGAAAAGAGGCAUUGCAAUUGUUCCAUGAAAUGCAGAAUUCAAGUAGUGAUAAGGCUAAGCCGGAUAAAAUUACAAUAGCUAGUGUACUUUCAGCUUGUGCUUACCUUGGUGCAAUUGAUCACGGGAAAUGGAUACACGGUUACUUAAGGAGAAGCGAUAUUGAAUGUGAUGUGGUGAUUGGAACAGCAUUGGUUGAUAUGUACGGUAAAUGUGGUAGUGUUGAGAGGGCAUAUGAGGUUUUUAAAGAGAUGCCUAAAAGGGAUACCUUGGCAUGGACUGCUAUAAUUUCUACAUUUGCAUUGCAUGGCUAUAGUAAAGAGGCUUUUGACACGUUCAAAGAGAUGGAAGCCGUGCUAGUGAAGCCUAAUCACGUCACAUUUCUUGGGUUAUUGUCAGCUUGCGCUCAUUCUGGCAUGGUAGAGAAAGCUCGCUGGUGUUUUGAUAUGAUGAAGCGUGUUUAUUCAGUAGAACCACAACUUCAUCACUAUGCUUCCAUGGUUGAUGUUCUCAGUCGAGCCGGGUUAUUUGAAGAGGUAGGAGAGCUUGUUAGAAGUAUGCCAAUGGAGCCAGAUGUGUUUGUUUGGGGAGCAUUACUUGGAGGUUGUAAGAUUCAUGGGAACUUAGUAUUAGGAGAAAGGGUAGCACAGUAUUUGAUUGGUCUGGAACCGAGGAAUCAUGCAUUUUAUAUUAACUUGUGUGAAAUAUAUGCCAAAGCUGGGAGAUUUGAUGAUGCGAAGAGGAUUAGAGCCUUAAUGAAAGAAAGAGGUAUCAGAAAAGAAGUUGCAGGCUGUAGUUUAAUUGAAGUUGAUGGGCUCGUUCUUGAAUUCUCAGUUGAAGGAUGGCCUGUGCCAGUAACUGAUGAGAUAGUGCUCAUCUUAAAUUUAUUUAAUAAUGAGAUAAAAGGGGAAGGAACCAUGCAUUACUGUAAUGGGAUAUUGUUAGAUUCACAAAAAUGAUGACCAUUUGUGGAUUAUUAUUUGGUAAUUCUCUACUUUUUCUUGCUGGAACUAAGUUUUGCUAGCGGCUAUUCCAUUCAAGGGCACAAAUCUAUGCUGAUCUGAUUCUUGAUUUUUCUUGGACCAUCCGUGUUUGACUCAUAUUCUGACAUAAGAAUGGUUCCUUCAAAUACAUGAAAAACUUUUAAAACAUUGAAGAUGGUUGUAUUAGAAACAUAUCUAUAUCCGAUACUCACGCCCGACCUUGAGUAACAUAGGCAAAAAGGCAAUCAUUAUCAUUACAAAACCAGAGAAUUACAUGGCAGAGGUCUCAAGGCACAAUUUCAGACCCAUGGAUGUGAUGGAUUACCAAAGUUCAACAUUCCAUCAGAGGAAGAUUCAAUCCGUUCAUGGUAGAGAUCAAACUGGUGAGUAAUGACUGGAAUUUUGAGUUGGACCGAACUAUUGGCAAUUUUAAGAGCAAAGCUUUGGCAUAAAUUGUCCUUGAAUGUGGGCGGUUGGGCCGCGGUCUGAUUGCAAGUGAUAUCAUCCUGCACCCAUCAUCUUUCAUGUUCUAGAGGUUAUGAGUUUAAAUCUUUCCAUACACAAAACUCUUCAAUAGUUAUGAUUUUACUCGUUCAGGCAUCGUGGGAUGAAGUUUGAAGAUAAAGCUUUGAAAGUGUGUCAUUCUUUUCUUUUAGUAUAUUUACAAUUAGUUCAUGCAUUUUUAAUAAGAGCAAAUUACUGUCAACUCACAUACCACAGAUAGAAAUAAGAUCACUUAUGAUUCAAACCCAUGAAA